UCACCACCACAGCCAGCAACGCGCCACAACACGGAGCGGAAGUGGAAAUCCACUGACAAGUAGCAAAAGUGUCAUGGCGCAUUGGGAUGAAUAACUUGACACGACGUGAAACAGUUUGACGUAUUUUUUGUUGCAGUGGGAAACUCAUCACUAUGGCCACUCGGAGUUUGACGGAAGUGUAUAUCCUGAUGCGAAAUAAUGCUCUCCAAAGUCGCAAUAUCUUCUCAGAGCAGAUGGCUGAUGACAGAAUGGCUCUUGUGUCUAGCUCAAGUCAUGAUCCAGAAUUAGGAAUGAGCUCAGCAAAGGCCAAACUUCCUCCAGAAUGGGUAGAUGGUGUUGAAGAGUUCCAGUACGAGGUGUCCAGAAUAAAGGACAAAAUGAAAGAACUAGCAACAUUGCAUGACAAACACCUAAACAGACCCACACUAGAUGACAGCGUUGAUGAGGAACAUGCCAUAGAGAUACAGACACAGGAUAUUACACAGCUUUUUGGAAGAUGUCAGAGGCUUGUUCAUCAGAUUGGAUCAAAAAGUCGACUUGGAACAGAACAAGAGAAAAAGUUAUCACUAAACAUUACCUCUUCAUUAGCGCGAGGGUUGACAGAAAUGUCCACCAACUUCAGAAAAAGCCAGUCCUCCUACUUACGAAAGCUUCAAAGUCGAGAAGAGAGAUCAAAACAGUAUUUUGACACAAAUAUUGGUUCAGAAGCAAGUGUGAUGUCAGAAGAGGUGAAUCUUUUAGAUAAUGGAUUUGACAGGGGUUUUACAGACAUACAACUACAGAUGGUGGAGGACAACACAUUGAUGGUACACAACAGAGAAAAGGAAAUAGCACAGAUUGUCAAAUCCAUAAAUGAUCUCAAUGAAAUCUUCAAGGAUCUGGGUUCAAUGAUUGUAGACCAGGGAACAAUACUCGACCGAAUUGAUUACAACAUUGAACAUGCAACAACAACAGUGGAAAAAGGUCUUCAGCAGCUCCAGAAGGCGGAGAAAUAUCAGAAAAAGAAUCGCAAAAUGUUUAUAAUCUUAAUUUUAUUUGUUGUGGUAAUUAUAUUAAUUAUUAUUUUGAUAGCAACAAGAGGUUAGCCUCUUUCAUCCUAAGUUAUUGUUUAUAUAUAUGUAUCUCAGCCAAUGGGAUCCGCCAGCCCUGUACAAAGGAAAGCAAAUCUUGUAACUGAUACAACAGCAGUGCCCUCUACCACUUAAAUAAAAAUACCACUGAUUUCAAUACAAACACCAGUAAUCAUGAAUAAUAAAAGCGGACAUUGUUAUUCAAAUAUAUAGGGGGCACUGCUGUUUUAUCAGUUACAAGAUUUGCUUCCCUUUGUAGACGGCUGGCGAAUCCCAUUGUAAUAUUUUACUCCAUUCAGUGGUAGAAUUCCUUGAGGUUUCAAAAGCGAUGCUGAAUAUGAUUUUACCAUAGCAGAAUGACAUCCCGUUAUGGCAUUAUAUUGAUACUUAUUUACUUGGUAGGGAAACUUGCUUAUCCAUUAACAAGGCAAGAUGACUUUUCAAGAAAAUCCAGCAAAAGAACUACAUAAAUAUGUUACAUGAUGAAUGUCUUACCCACAAGUUGAUUUUUGUCAUGGCACUUGUUGAAGAUUACCCACAAUUUGCAUGUUGACAAGUUACAUGUGGACAUUUGAUGUUACCUGAUGAAUUGCCCACAUGUGGACAUUUGACUCUCCAUGAUCAAUUACCCACGUGGACAUUUGACUCUUCUUGAUCAAUUACCCACGUGGACAUUUGACUCUCCGUGAUCAAUCAACCACAUGUUCACAUUUGACUUUAUUUGAUCAAUUACACUCGUGUGGACAUUUGACAUGGACAUUUUUGACAUGUUAUUUAAUGAAUGAUUUUCCCACAACUGGAAAUUCCUGCGCUUCAUUACAAAAAACUUCCACAUUAUCCUCAACUUUUGGCUUUUCGCCAUAUCCUUCUUCCCUUUUUCACAUCUGAAUAAUCACACGCUGAGAAAACUGAUGUGAUAGAAAAAAACUGUCUUUAUGUACAGGUCAUUUUGGAAGAAAUCCAGACUGACUUCAUGGACUUCGUGUGUAGGCCCAUGUUGUAGUUGACUUAACGUUUCCACUGUUAGACCAUUUGCCGAAUACCAUACUGACAACACAAGACAGGUGAGAUUCUGUGGGGCAGAAGGGCAGUUUGACUGCUCUUGUGAAAUGUGCAGAAUCAUGGCUGCCAUGGCCAUUUUAGGGUAUCUCAUCUUUACUAUGAUAGUUUGAAGAAGGCUAAUUUUGGCCAAAUUCUUUCUUACUUGGGUACAUGCACGUCAAAAGACAGGUUCUUGGGGAAAUAGGUUACUGGUACAUAAGCCAUAGUUAUCAUGUCUGUGAUGAACAUGCAGAUGCCACUAAUUAAUUGCAGGCCUCCAACUUGUAUGGUAACUCUUUGUGUAUUCUUUUGGAGAUCACUUGGGAAUACAGAUGUUCUUUUUAGGCUUUUUUGGUGAAUUACAACAUUAUUGAAAGAUGCCUGUGAUGACAGUAUUGCUUCCAGCAUCCCACCAAGCUUGUUUAAACUGAAAAUUUCUUUGGACGAACUUGCAUCCAACUUAAUUUAUUAAUUUGAUUGAAGUUUUACGCCAUACUCAGAAAUAUUUAUAUGACACUUAUAUGACAGGGGCCAGCGUGAUGGUGGAAAGAAACUGGAUCCAUGAUCAUCCGCAGAUGAAAAGUGUCCAGCUUUUAUCAGUAUGAAGUAUAUGGAUCAUUGGUGUAUUUUGUGCUAUCGUACAAUAUCAUGCAGACAUAAUUGUGGCGCACCUGAUUCUUUCUACCUCUCUGCCAGUGAUCACAGUGUGUCUCGACAAAGCCUAUGAAUCCUACAUUUCAAAUUGUCAAAUUUGAAAAUUUGACACCAUGGAAGUGUCUAGCUUGUAUUACCUUCUUUUGAUUAAGGAUAACACCAUGCUGGAUUCAUUGGUUUCACCUUUCUCAGUGUAGUGAACUUGACAGUAUUAUCAUAUACAUGUACAGUGCCUCCCUUUCUUGUGUGCUGUUGAAGAAUGCAGAAAUGAAAUACAAACCACCAUUGGCAUAUCACUGGAUUCCUUAAAGAGCUGGGGUAUUUGGAUGGUUAGUACGUGGGCUGAAGUGCUGGGUACAUUGAGAGUAGAUG